AUGUGGACAGUGAUAGCAGGAAUAGUUUUAUGGGCACCCGUCCUGGUUGCGGGAUCCGCUGUAGACUUAAUCUUUAGAGCAGCAGCGGAGCACUCGCUCUCAGUGAUAAUGAUUCGAACUGAUUAUUGUCCGCACAGCUGGGCAAAGGAUAUCUUUCAGAAUCAAACCAUUCCAGUGGUUAUCCUUUCAGAUAGCGAGACUUCUAUAAACAUUCGGAUGUUUUCUCGGCCGCUACACGUAGCUUGCCUGCCUGGUCUUGAGCUGCAAAAGGACCUGGAGUUACUCGAGAACUUUACGAAAUCGCUAAUGGAUUUUCCGACUCAAAAUAAGAUUGUCUAUAUAUCAAACAAUGUCUCAGAUCGAACUAGAAUGGACUAUAUUUUCGAAACGUGCUACCAUCGCCUAAUUUGGAACAUUGUUGGACUUUUAGCUGCAGAUGAACAUCGCUACUUUUAUAGAUAUCACCUAUACCCUAGCUUCCAAACGGAGUAUCGCUCUCUUAAUUCUUCAACUAUAUUCGACAAGGAGUUUCCCAACAUGCACGGUCACCCUCUGAUUGUAAUGCCCGACCAAUGGCUUCCGCGUUCCGUUCUCUACCUGGACAGACGAACGGGUAAGCAAAUCCUAGCCGGAUCUGUGGGACGCUUCUUUCAUGUGCUGUCGUGGAAGCUGAACGCCACGCUGCAGCUGUCCAAGAAGGUGACCACCGGACGUUUUCUGAAUGCGACUGCCCUCAAGGAGCUGAGCGAGAGCUUUUCAGUUGAUGUUCCUGCCAGUCUGACGAUAAUGGAGCGAGUCGAGCAGUUGGCCAGCACAAGCUAUCCUAUGGAGGUGACUCCCGUGUGCCUUAUGGUACCGGUGGCCAGAAGAAUUCCAAUUAAGGAUAUUUACUUUAUACUGAGCAGUGUUUCCAAUAUGUUCCUGGCUAUUGUUAUUGUUUUCAGUUAUGGAAUGGCUUUGAAUCUCCUUCGGAACGUGACCCAUCGCGAUGUGCGUCUGGUGGACUUUGUGCUAAAUGAUAAAGCUUUACGCGGGAUCUUGGGACAAUCCUUCAAUUUGCCCUUGUCGAGAAGCUUCUCCACCAGGUUGAUAUUUCUGAUGCUUGGAAUAGUGGGCCUUAAUGUGAGCAGCAUUUUUGGAGCAGGCCUGGACACGUUGAUGGCUCAUCCACCGCGGCAAUUUCAAGCACGAAGUUUUGCUGGUCUACGGCGCACGAAAAUACCAUUGGUUACGACCGAGGAAGACUUUCCGACAUGGAUGAAACUGCGUGUGCCCAUGCUGGUGGUCAAUGUGAGUGAGUACAAUCACUUGAGGAAUGGAAGAAACACAAGCAAUGCCUACUUUGCCUCCCGAUUGUAUUGGAAUUUGUUCAGUGAGCAGCAGAAGCGCUUCACCCGAGAGCUAUUUAUCUACUCCACGGAUGACUGCCUCUGGUCCCUGGCGCUGCUCUCAUUCCAAUGGCCGCAGAAUUCCUUGUUCACAGAGCCCGUCAGCCAACUCAUUUUGGAGGUAAAUGCCAAUGGACUCUAUGAUUUCUGGGUGGGAAUGCACUACUACGACAUGACAGCAGCUGGAUUGUCCGGUUUGGAGGAUCCCAGCCUGCAAUUAACGGAAAGAGAGCACCCUACCUCGCUACGGAUUGUGGAUUUUCAGUGGAUGUGGCAGGCGUACGGAACGUUUAUGGUACUGGCGAUUCUGGUAUUCUUACUCGAAGUUUCUUGGCACGGAAUCACAUCAUUAUUUGUGUCACUAGUUCUCUGA